GUGUGGUGGUGCGAGAAUCUGUUAUAUCUUCCAUGAGACAUUUGGACGUACAUUAGAUUCUAUAAAUGCACUGGGUGGACUUACAGAUUUAGAUAUCUUAACAGCAAUAAGAAAUGCUACAGGCCCAAGACCAGCAUUGUUUAUCCCUGAAGUGUCAUUUGAACUGUUGGUGAAAAGACAGAUCAGAAGACUUGAAGAACCCAGUCUGCGGUGUGUGGAAUUAGUACAUGAGGAGAUGCAGAGGAUUGUACAACACUGUGGGACGCAAGAGUUACUUAGAUUUCCUAAAUUGCAUGAUAAGAUUGUGGAAGUGGUGACCUCACUACUCAGAAAGCGUUUAGCGCCAACUAACGCCAUGGUGGAGAAUUUAGUUGGAAUAGAAUUAGCGUAUAUUAACACAAAGCACCCUGACUUUGCGGAUGCCAGUCUAAUAUCCGCACUAAUACAGAACAACGAAAUGGAUAGGAAAAUCAAAAACAAAACCCAGAAUAAUGGUGUAGACAUCAAAGAGGUGGUAUCCAAAGGAAGG